UUAAUAUGCUUCCGCUUGAGCGGGUAAUCCGAAACAUGGCAUGGCUGUGUGUGUUUAUGAGUGCCCAGUUUUUGGAUUGUGUUUUCUUUCUGAGGUAAUUUAAUGCGAGGCGAAGUUAUUCCGCUGUUAAAGAAGAUGUGGCGGAGCCAGCAGCUUUUUCAAUUCCUCUGAAGAUAAAUUUCUUUUCCUCCCGGACGAAAGCAGGUUAAUCAAUUCUCAAAAUGGGGACACCUAUAUUGAACAAACCUAGAUCAUUAUCCUGCACUACAGAGAAUUGUGAUAAUUCUGUUCAAAGCAGCAGCUUAGGGAAACAGUUAAUGAGUGCAACCCUACGAGAACGAUUGAAGAAAACAAGAAGAUCCUUUCACUCAAAUUUUAUUGUUGCCAAACAACUUAAAAUAGAUGAUGAAAACAACAGUAAUCAGAAGGAGAAAACUUUAUCUAAAGAAGAACCAUGUUCUCUAUUGCAUGCUGAGGAUAAGUGGUUGGAAAAAGUUCCUGAUGAAGCUAUGUGUUCGAAGAGUUCUGCAGAAGACAGCUCACUAUCUGAAUACAAUGGAUAUAAUAAAGCUACGCACAAUUCUUCAGAAAUUAAUUUGUUGGGUACAGACUGUAAACAAUGGGAGCUGUUGGAGGAAAAGAUGACACUAAUGAAGCAGCUUCAGGAAAAAGAGGACAUUCUUCGAAGACUUAAAUUGGUCAAACUAUAUAGAACAAAGAAUAACCCAGAAGAGUUACAGUUUCUGAUAUCAAAAUGGAGAAAGAGUUCCCAAGCAAUUCUAUAUGAGCUGCAAUCAGCCUUAUCUACUGAUAACAAGAAAUUAAGUCUGACUCAAUUGAUUGACAAUUUUGGAUUAAAUGACAAACUCUUACAUUAUAUCCGAACAGAUGAAGAUUUUACAGAUCCAUAAAAAUUAGUGUUUUAUUUCACUCUUAAAAAUAUAUCAAAAGAUGACUAUUUUCAAGAAUUGAAUUUAAGUUCACAUUGUAUGAAUAGUUUAUUAUAAGAACCUGCUACCUCUUUGUUUCUUUUUUAGUCCACACUCUAUAUUUAAAUCCUGGACAUCUAUCCCUCCUUAUUUAAUACAUUAAACUCCAACACUCUGCUGUUAUGUCCCUUCUCAUUUGUCCUUAACUCAGUAUUUCUUCAAAUUGCAAUUUUUCAGCCAAUUUCUUUUGCCAAGUUGCUUUAGGAUACUUCUCCAUAUGCAAGGAAAUAUUUCUGUUCCUUUAUGAGUUUUUUUAAGUCCACUGCAUAUCUUUUAGUUUUGUAAAAGUGGAAUGUCUAAAUAUACCAGUUUUAGUAUGACAAUAAUACUCUCUUACAAUACAAAUUGGUAUUUAUUUAAAUGCAUUAUGAAUAUAAAUAUGUUGAAGUGAUCAAAAUGAAUUAUGACACAAUAUUUAUAAAACUAUCUUAAUGUAAUAAAGAAUAAAGUUGAAAGAGAAAUUCAGGAAGGGGGAAAAUCCUA